CGCCAUGGCGGGCAGGAGGGGAGCGCUGAUCGUCAUGGAGGGCAUCGACCGCACCGGGAAAAGCACGCAGAGCCAGCGGCUGGUCAGGGCUCUGCGGGCUGCCGGACACCCCGCUGACCUCCUCCGCUUCCCGGAAAGAUCAACGGAGAUCGGGCACCUGAUCAGCUCCUACCUGGUGAAGGAGAAGAACCUGGAGGACCACACCGUGCACCUGCUCUUCUCUGCCAACCGCUGGGAACACGUCCCCUUGAUGAAGGAGAAGCUGUGGCAGGGGAUCACACUUGUUGUUGACAGAUAUGCCUUCUCUGGAGUGGCCUUCACCAGUGCCAAGGAGAAGUUCUGCCUGGAAUGGUGCAAGCAGCCUGACAUUGGUCUCCCCAAGCCAGACGUGAUCCUGUUCCUGCAGCUCAGCCCAGAGAAAGCAGCAGAAAGGGGAAACUUUGGGGAUGAACGAUACGAGGUCAGCACCUUCCAGGAGAAGGUGCUGGAGUCCUUCUCUCACCUGAUGAAGGACCAGACACUGAACUGGAAGACAAUGGAUGCCUCAAAGAGCAUAGAAGAUUUGCACAGAGAAAUCAAGUCCAUUGCAGAACAAAUCAUCGAGGAGGUUCAGAACAAACCUCUGGGAGAGCUCUGGAAGUAAAAGUGGGUGCAGGUUAUUCCCUUGGACCUAAGGGAGAACUCACCUGGUGACUGCCCCUCCACCACCUCCCAGGAACUGCAGCUGGGAUCCUCUGGCUUCCAGCAUCAUCCUGAUUUCAUCUGCUCCUCUCCUCUAGCCUGCUUGGUCCCUGCUGUACAUAAAGGAACAUUCAGCAGGUAACAGAUUCCCUGUAAAACCUUCCUGCCUCAGGAGGGGCUCUGGGACCCCCAGUCCUGCAGUGCAGGGGUGGGCACAGAGGCAUCCCCAGGUCCUGGAGACUGGCUGCCUCCCCAGCAAAUGCAUCCUCUGGGAUGAAUCCCGUGUCUAGAGCACUUCCUAAUAAAUAUCCUCA